AUUAAAAUGAAAAAGAAAACAAAGUUGAGACUAAUUAUUAUUCAACUUUAAUCUUCUUUCACUACUUAAACAUGGUCCCUCAAAGCCAGAUGUAGCUCGCUUCCCUCUACUGCAGAUAGACAAUAAUAUCUCAUUAGAAAGAUCGAGGACCUAGCUGCUAGCCAGUAACAAUGUCUAGAUCCCAGUUCCAGUUUCUUGUGCUGCACUUUACUAGUCUGUUCAUCUUGUGGGCUAUGAGCAGCAGGACAACACUAGCUGCAGCCUCACCGGUGCCCCCCACAGACUCGAUAGCAAAGCUUCACUGCCCGUCCCAUUGUGGACACAUUGCAAUCCCAUACCCUUUUGGAAUUGGAGAAGGCUGCUACCUUACCGGCAGCGACACAGGUUUCUACAGCAACUCGUUCCAGAUAAUAUGUAACUACUCAACCAGCCCUCCCAAACCUUUCUUGACCAGCACGAGUCUUGAAGUGCUGGAAAUCUCUAUUGAAGGCACACUACAGGUCAGAAGCCCCAUAACCUUCUCAAAUUGCACUGACAAGCCGGGACUGCCGAGCAACCGCCAGACCUACAACCUGGAGCAAACCCCUUUCUGGUACUCCCAGGACAACAGAUUCACUUCAAUGAGUUGUGGAGGAAUUGCCCUAAUGACAAAAUUUUCUAAUGGGUUGACAACAACACUUGGUGGCUGCUUGUCCAUUUGUGACUACUCCAGUAACCCUGUAUUAAAGAAGAAUACCUGCAUUGGUAUCAACUGCUGCCAAUCCACCUUUCCUAAAUAUCUAAAGAACUUCAAUGCUAGCUUUGCAGACGUAAUAAACGCUCGCAGUGCUAAGGAAUGCAAGUAUGCAUUCGUUGUAAAGCAAAGUUGGUUUACUAGAACAAAUAUGUCGGUCAUUGGUGAUAUGGACUACGUCCCUGUGGAGCUGAAAUGGAGCGCACGCCCAUAUUCGGAUAUCUCGAACAACUGGACUGUCUCUAACAAUAGCACAUAUAUCAGCGAUGAUGGACGUCUACUCUUAUGCUCAAAAGGCUAUGAAGGAAACCCUUAUCUUCUUCAUGGAUGUCAAGAUAUCAAUGAAUGUGAGGGUCGACCAUGUGUUAGUUACGGGAUCUGUAUCAAUUAUCCUGGAGGCUUUAAGUGUGAUCCUCCACCGACAAGCUUAAGGCCGGAAAAGCUGGUUGUUAUAGUUACAAGCAGUGUUUUUGGAGUUCUACUCAUACUCAUUUGUGGAUGGUGGUCGCACAAAGUCAUAAAAAAACGGAAGAACAUCAAACGCAAGAAGAAGUUCUUCAAACAAAAUGGUGGCUUCUUGUUGGAGCAACAAUUUUCUUCAGGUGAAGUCAAUGUUGAGAAAAUCAAGCUGUUUAAUUCCAAGGAGUUAGAGAAAGCCACAGACCAUUUUAAUGUGGACAGGAUUCUUGGUCAAGGAGGCCAAGGUACUGUUUACAAAGGAAUGCUGGCAGAUGGAAGAAUUGUUGCUGUGAAGAAGUCUAAACUAGUUCAUGGUGGAGAAGUUAGACAAUUCAUCAAUGAAAUUGUCAUUCUUUCCCAAAUUAUCCACAGAAAUGUGGUCAAACUUUUGGGUUGUUGCUUAGAGACAGAAGUUCCUCUUUUGGUUUAUGAAUUCAUUGCCAACGGAACAUUGUCUGACUAUAUUCAUCAGCAGAAUGAAGAGUUUCCUCUUACAUGGGAAAUAAGACUACGAGUUGCCAUCGAAGUAGCAAGAGCUCUUUCCUAUUUACAUUCUGCAGCUGCUUUUCCCAUUUAUCAUCGAGAUAUCAAGUCAUCUAACAUACUCCUGGAUGAUAAAUACAGAGCAAAAGUAGCAGACUUUGGGACUUCUCGAUCUAUUUCCAUUGACCAAACACACCUUACCACACUAGUAUAUGGAACAUUUGGUUAUUUGGACCCAGAGUACUUCCAAUCUAGCCAAUUUACAGACAAGAGUGAUGUUUAUAGCUUUGGUGUGGUACUUGCUGAGCUCUUAACUGGACAAAAACCAGUUUCUUUCACAAGAUCCCAAGAAGAAAGAAGCCUAGCGACUUAUUUCCUUCUUUCUAUGGAUCAAGAUUGUCUGUUUGAUGUUCUAGAUCCUCAAGUUACGAGAUAUGGUGGGAAAGAAGAGAUUACUGCAGUUGCUAACCUUGCAAAAAGAUGCUUAAAUUUGAAUGGAAGGAGACGACCUACUAUGAAAGAAGUAGCAGUUGAGUUGGAGGCAAUUCAAUCGUCAAUUAAGGCCUCUAAUCAUGUUGAUCAAAAUUUGGAAGAGGUUGCUUAUAUCCAAACUCAUGAGAUAACCGAGGCUUGGGAUAUUGUUUCUACAUCAACAGGGCCUUGUAUCGAUGGUGGUAGGUCUUCAUUCGAUGCACAACCACUGUUGACUUUGAAGACUCUGUGAACCUUGUUCUCUUGUUUGAGGUUAACUCCUUUUGUUC